CUACAGCGGAAGGCUUCGCUGGAGGCCGAAGCCGGCAGAGUGGGGCGGGACGCGGUAAGGCCCCGCCCCCGGGCGCGUCCGUGUGCGUGGCUGGGGGCGCAGCAGAGUCCCACUCCAUGAUGCGGGAUCUGAGGACAGGGAAGAGCCCUGGCGUGGAAGCCCUCACCGUAGGGACCAGCAUUCCCAACGUCCCGCCGGGCCGCCUCGCAGCUUAAGGAGGGCGCGGCCCUGCGGCGGUGCGCCCACCCUCAUCCCAGCCGGUGCCGACGCCCCCAUCCACGCUCUGUGCGCGCCUCCGGCCCCGCCCCCGCCUCGACGUGCCCCCCGCGCGCCGCGCCCCCCGCCCACCCGGCACGCCCAGCCGCCCCGCCCGGCAGCCGCGGGCCUGGAGCUGCCCCGCGGGCCUGAGCGACCCUCGCAGCCGCAGCGUCCUCCUUCGCCGCCAUGGACGUGUAUCCCCCGCACCGGCUGGGGCUGCUCCGCGGGCGGUUCCCCGGCGGCCCCGGCCGCGGGUCGCCCUCCGUCAGCUGCAGCCGACUCCGCCAGGUUCAGAGCAUCUUGACCCAGAGCAGCAAGUCUCAACCCGAUGGGAUCCUCUGCAUCCUAGGAAUCGAUAGCAGGUACAAUGAAGGCUGCAGAGAGCUGGCAAAUUAUCUUCUGUUUGGUUUGUACAAUCAGAAUGCAAGUGAUUUUGAGAAGACAGGGUUUUCUGAAGAAGUUCUAGAUGAUGUAAUUAUAUUGGUAAAAUCAGAUAGUGUCCAUCUGUACUGUAAUCCUGUAAACUAUCGCUAUCUCUUACCCUAUGUGGCACAUUGGAGAAAUCUGCAUUUCCAUUGCAUGACCGAAAAUGAGUAUGAAGAUGAGGAAGCUGCAGAAGAAUUUAAAAUUGCCAGCUUUGUGGACAUGGUUCGAGACUGUAGUAGAAUUGGCAUUCCUUACAGCUCCCAAGGUCACUUGCAGAUAUUUGAUAUGUUUGUAGUAGAGAAGUGGCCAAUUGUACAGGCCUUUGCACUUGAGGGCAUUGGAGGGGAUGGAUUUUUUACCAUGAAAUAUGAGCUGCAGGAUGUGAGUUUGAAUCUAUGGAAUGUCUACAGCAAGAUGGAUCCUAUGUCUCUGGAGAGUUUGCUUUCAGAAGAUUUGGUGGCUUUUGAACAUCAGUGGACUAGCUUCUUUGCUAAUUUUGAUACAGAAAUUCCUUUCCUGCUGGAACUUUCUGAAUCUCAAGUGGGUGAGCCAUUCAGAAGUUACUUCAGUCAUGGAAUGAUCUCCAGCCAUAUAACUGAAAACAGCCCUAAUAGGCAGCCAUUCGUUCUCUUUGGUAAUCACUCCACACGAGAAAACCUGAACGCUGGCAACUUUAACUUCCCUUCUGAAGGGCACCUGGUACGCAGCACUGGUCCCAGUGGGAGCUUUGCCAAACACAUGGUAGUACAGUGCGUCUCACCGAAGGGGCCCCUUGCCUGUUCAAGAACAUACUUUUUUGGAGCUACCCACGUUCCUUACUUGGGUGAUGAGAGUAAGCUGCCCAAGAAAACUGAACAAAUUAGGCUCUUGUCCCAGGUGUAUGCUGCUGUUAUUGAGGCUGUUUUGGCUGGCAUUGCAUGUUAUGCUAAAACUUCCAGUCUAACAAAGGCCAAGGAGGUAGCUGAGCAGACCCUGGGAUCCGGGUUAGAUUCCUUUGAUUUGACACAGUUUAAGGCAGGCCUACGCUCCAAGAUGACUUUUCAUAUACAUGCUGUGAAUAAUCACGGAAGGAUUGUGCCUCUGGACAGUGAAGAUAGCUUAUAUUUCGUGAAGACGGCUUGUAUGACUGUCUAUGACAUUCCUGACUUGCUGGGAGGAAGGGGGUGCUUAGGGUCUGUGAUCUUCUCAGAAUCCUUUUUGACAUCUCAGAUCUUGGUUAAAGAAAAGGAUGGCACUGUUACCACAGAAACCAGCUCCAUAGUCCUGACAGCCGCCAUACCCAGAUUCUGCUCCUGGCUGGUAGAAGAUAAUGAAGUAAAAUUGUCUGAGAAAACCCAGCAAGCAGUUAAGGGGGAUGCCUGUUUCCUGGGCACUUUUCUAACAGGAGGAGAAGGAGCAUAUCUUUAUUCCAGCAACCCACACUCCUGGCCUGAGGAAGGGAAAGUGCAUUUCUUCUCUAGUGGUCUUCUGUUUUCUCACCGUCAUCACGGAAGUAUCGUCCUUUCCAAGGAUCACAUGAAUUCCAUUUUAUUCUAUGAUGGGGAUUCCACCAGUGUUGUUGCUGCCCUUCUGAUAGAGUUCAAAAGUUCUCUGCUUCCUCAUCUCCCAGUUCAUUUCCAUGGAUCAAGCAAUUUUCUGAUGAUUGCCCUUUUCCCCAGAUCAAAGAUAUACCAAGCAUUUUACUCAGAGGUCUUCUCCCCCUGGCAACAGCAGGCUAACUCAGGGCUGUCUUUAAAAGUGAUCCAGGAAGAUGGAUUAUCUGUGGAACAAAAGAGAUUACACUCCAGUGCGCAGAAGCUCUUCAGUGUCCUGAGCCAUUCUGCUGGGGAGAAACGGAGUCCUCUAAAGCUACUCCCAGCCAAACUCCCAGAGCUGGACUGGUUUCUUCAGCAUUUUGCCAUCAGCAGUAUUAGUCGAGAGCCUGUGAUGAGGACCCAUCUCCCAGUCCUGCUACAGCAAGCUGAAAUCAGCCCUUCUCACCGAGUAGAAAAUGACAAGGUAACUAUCAGCAUUGUAACUGGCCUCCCAGGCUGUCAUGCUAGCGAGCUCUGUGCUUUCCUGGUCACUCUGCAUAAGGAAUAUGGCAGGUGGAUGGUAUACCGCCAAAUCAUGGACAGCUCCGAGUGUUUUCAUGCUGCCCACUUCCAGAGAUACCUUUCCAGUGUCCUGGAGGCCCAGCAGAACCGCUCUGCCCGCCAGUCAGCCUACAUCCGCAAGAAGAUUCGACUGCUUGUGGUGUUGCAAGGCUACACAGAUGUCAUUGAUGUUGUCCAGGCCCUGCAGACCCAUCCAGACUCAAAUGUCAAGUCCUCCUUCACCAUUGGUGCCAUCACGGUGUGUGUGGAGCCCCUGAGCUGCUACAUGGACCACAGAUUUCUCUUUCCUAAAUGUCUUGACCAGUGUUCACAAGGCCUGGUGAGUAAUGUGGUAUUCACCAGUCACACCACGGAGCAGAGGCACCCUCUCCUUGUCCAGCUGCAGACCCUCAUCAGGGCUGCCAAUCCUACUGCAGCCUUCAUUCUUGCAGAAAAUGGGAUUGUCACCAGGAAUGAAGACAUUGAGCUGAUUCUCUCAGAAAAUAGUUUUUCAAGUCCUCAGAUGCUGCGAUCUCGAUAUUUAAUGUACCCCGGCUGGUAUGAAGGUAAAUUUGAUGCUGGAUCAGUCUUUCCACUAAUGGUUCAGAUCUGCGUAUGGUUUGGUCGUCCUUUGGAGAAGACUCGUUUUGUGGCCAAGUGUAAAGCAAUUCAGUCUUCCAUCAAGCCAAGUCCCUUCUCUGGAAACAUCUACCACAUCCUGGGCAAAGUGAAGUUUUCAGACUCUGAGAGGACCAUGGAGGUCUGCCACAACACUCUGGCCAAUUCCUUGAGCAUCGUCCCAGUUUUAGAAGGACCCUCGCCACCACCCGAUUCCCGAAGCACACCUCAGGACAGCAACGGGCAGCAGGAGAGCUACCUCGUGUUCAUUGGCUGCUCCCUGAAGGAAGAAAGCAUCAAGGACUGGCUGCGGCAGUCAGCUAAGCAGAAGCCUCAGAGGAAAGCCCUGAAGACCAGGGGGAUGCUGACCCAGCAGGAGAUCAGGAACAUCCAUGUGAAACGCCACCUGGACCCCCUGCCUGCAGGCUACUUUUACAAUGGCACUCAGUUUGUCAACUUCUUUGGUGACAAGACUGAUUUUCACCCACUCAUGGACCAGUUCAUGAAUGACUACGUGGAAGAAGCCAACCGGGAAAUCGAGAAGUAUAACCGGGAGCUGGAGCAGCAGGAGUAUCACGACCUCUUUGAGCAGAGGCCCUAGGGGAAGGCUGUGCCGUGCAUCCUGCAGAACGUCCACCCUGGAGGUGGAUGUUUAGAAAUGGGGUUACUUAACCUCAGCUCUCCCAGAGGCCCCUCCCUAAAGGGGCUGUCUUUGUUCUCCUUGGCCUUUGUGUGCUGGCUUGAGUGCAUGUUGUCUUUAUUCUCUAUACAGCGCUGAAGAGCAUCACCUGCACCACUAAUGGGGGGGAGGGGGGUACUCGUGGAGCAAGAGCCGAUAGGGACUGCCCUGCCCUGUGUGUGGGGCUGGCAGUGCAAAACCUCUGGGUCUUUGGUAACAGUAUCUCCUAUGGGCUGCUGAGACACUGUGACAGUGGGGAGAAGCAUUUGGGUUACACAAAGGAGCUGUUGGGAUGCAGAAGGAACCCUGGCUGCCCAAACUAUGGCCAUGCCUGGGGGCCAAGCCACCACAGGCCUCACACACUGCCCCAGGAGAGCCUGUCCCCAGUGGAGUGCCUGCCUUUCUGUUUAGGCCACUUGCAUUGAAGGAGCUGGCCCUGUUGGCCCUGGGCCCAGUCCUGGGGGGAGCAGCCCAAGCUCUGCUCAAGCUCAGCCCACUGAGCCAGCAGCUUGGGCUGAGAUCAACAGUCUGUUCUAAGAUAAGGGGAUGUCCCUUACAGACUAAACUGAGGGGAAAGGCAUGUUGCUUUCCAGAAGCAUGUGGCUUUUGAAUUCGCAAGCAGUUUCCCUGGAGGUCGGUGCUCAGCUCCCCUCGUGGUCUCCCUCUACUUGGCCUCAUUCGGGGGCAAGAGCAAACCUGCUGCUUCAGCCUCCCUGCUGAUGCUUUGCCUCACUUUUGAGGAGAGCAUCCUGCAUGCAACUGCUUUGUCUUAGCCCCAGAGCUAUGAUCAUUUAUGGGGCAUCCCCGAAGGGGGCUCACUCUCCAGACCUAGCCCUCUCCUCGGCCAUGCCAGGGAAGGCCUGGUUUUCAGCCACAAACUUCAGGAAACUUAUGUCCCCAAGCAUUGUUGCUGGCCCUGGACUUGCUUGGUUCCUGAGGACCAGGAGUUUCAAAGAGUUCCAAUAUCCAACUUAGAAUUUCUUCCGGUGGCUUUGUUUUCAGCUGGACCACAAAGCAGAGGGGUAUUACAAAUGCAUCCCAUGCCUAACUUCCAGAAUUAGUAUGUGGGAGGGGGGCGGUCACAGGCACUGAUGUUUGGGUGAUGUCUUUUAGGACUUCAGCGCCUCAGCUGCCUAGAUUGUAAAUGCUUUCUGAAUUUCACAUUUUUUUUUUUUUUUUUGCAUGCCUUAGGAAGAAGCACAUAGACGAAACCAGCAAAGUUUCCAGUAAUGUAUAGGGGUUUUUGAUAAAGGCCCCUGGCCCAGAGGAGAGACAGAGAAAGGAUGGAGCACAUGUGGUCUGUGUGCCUGAUCACUCAGAGGCUUCCAUGCAAGUAGCAAAGCAAGUGUUAAGGGCUUGUCAGUAAAAUGUACUUGUAUUAGAAAAAAAAUAAUCUGAAGCCAAAUGAACAAAACUCCAAAUACCACUGAAUAAGAACUCUUGCAUGAAGAAAGCCUUCUGAAAAGGCCUGUGUGCUCCAGUCCCAGCUCCCAAAGCUGGUGGUGACAAGGGCCCAGAUGUGGAGCCCAAGUCAGGGAGCACCUCACUUCUGGUUGGCCAGAGGCUGGGGUCCACAAUGGACCUGCCUCUGCUUCAGAAUCAAUAACAUAGAUCUUAAGUGCAAUUGAUGAAAUAAGCAAUGAGUUACUGUAGCUUCUUUUAGCUCUACCGAGCUCUUUUUAAAAACUCAAACUUGAGCAGCCUUAGAAAAGGGAGAGGUGGGGUGGGUGGGUGGGGUGGGGGAACCAUAGGCCAUUUACUCCAGGUGGGUUGCUGUGAAUUUAUAAAUGAAAGCUCUAGAUUGAGGAGCUCGAGCCAUUUCCUGGCUGCUGCACAAAAGAGUUUUUAAAGAGGGCUCGGAGCCCGCCCAUAAAAGCGGGUCUUCCCACUGCGUGGGGCUGUAGUACUACGUGGUGGUCUUGGUUUCUGACCAUUGUCCACAGAAAUGCUCUCUCACCAACUCGCCCCACUGUCCCAAUCCCUCUGCUGUUAGAGGGAAAACUGUGAUUACCUCAACUUGAAUAUGAAACUGUGAUUGAAAAAAGUCAAAACGUUAAGAAGUUCCAAAGCCAAAAAGGCAGAACUGGCUGAGGCCUCUGUUGACACUCCUCAGCCUGCUAGGGGGUGUGAAGGGGCACACUGGCGAAAGGGCAUUCCUUGCGGCACACUCGCUGUGCCCUGGCAAAGAGGCACACUAGCUGUGUGAGCUCUUCGAGGACUGAGGCAGGGGGGAUGCCUCCUCCCCCACACUGCCCCUUCUGGAACCUGCCAGGCGACUCUGGGUUCUGACUGUGAAGUUGAAUAUCCACUUGAUUGCUCCAGGCAGAGGGACAGGGUCUUAGGCUUUCUCCAGAGGAAGGGCCAUGACACUGUGUUGUAGAUUUUGGCCUCAGGAGUGGAUGCCAGGAACCCAGCGGGGACAUCAGAAGUAGUAGGUUUCUUAGGGGCAGGCAGAAGUCCUCCAGGGGCUUACAUGCUUUUUGCCAACUUUCCUAUUAGCAGCUUCAGUUUUAUACCACCCAGAGUGAGUGUGAUAAUGUUGAAGUCGCUGAAGUUAUAGGUUAUUUUACGUUUUGAUGUGGGAUUUUUCCUUUUUUUGAUUGGAAGGAGGCAGAAAUUGGAGAAAAGGGAUCACCCUAGGAAGGGGCUGCUGGCAAGGAGUCCAGGUGGCCCUGUCCGAGCCCUGGGGGCUCUCUGACCUGAGGCCAAGACACGUGGCCCCGCAGGUCACAAGAAAAAGUUCCCUCCUAAAUUCUAUUAGGAUUUUGGAGAAUUUUUGCACAGUAAUAAGCUCUGGGUUGCUCUUUGGGCUUCUCAAAAGGGAAAAGUUAACUCAAAGAUUGUAAACUAUUAAGUAUUCCAGCGUGUUGCUGGCCUCGUUGGAUAGUUGUACCUCAAAAAGUAGGUGAGAAAAGGCUUCCUCAUUGUCCCAGGUUGUCGAAUACUAAUGACAGAAGAGCUCACUUACGUGCCAAAAUUCACUUUUAUACUAGUUUUCCAGUGCUUUAAUAUUUGUAACUUAAAUUUUAAAACUCAUAUUUACAGACACUACUGUAACUUCAGUGAAACUGAAUUGUGUGAUUGAAGCUUUUUGCUUAUAGUAUUUAUUACACUACUUAAUUCAGUAAAUAUAUAAAAGUAGCCUUCAAUUUAUUUUUAUAUUAUUUUACAUGUUUUUACCUGCAGUCGUGUAUGUGAAUUUACCUUGGUAACUGAGACGUCAUGCUAAGGACCAAUAAACUCACUGAACAAGCAA